GAAUGAUGACACUGCAACCCAAGGAAGGUACACUGCAUCGAAUUUUCGACAUGACAUGACUUGUUAAAGUCAACCUCCUUUCUUUCCACCAAUAUCUUCGCUUCUUCCUUCUCCUUUUCUUCAUCUUGCCUUUAACCACAAUCCGCACAAGAUGGACUCGAUGGAGGGCCUCAAACAGGCCCUGGAGUAUAUCCUGACCCCCUCGAGGGAAAUAUUUAUCGUCGGCGCUUUAAUCGUAUUCCUCCUCCCGAUUCUCGUACAUUUCUAUAUCUCACAGAGCACGCCUUACACAGCUCUGCCCUCCAUCCUCCUCGUGGGCCCUCCCGGCGGUGGCAAGACCUCAUUGAUGACCUUACUCGAGCGCGGCGACUCCGCCACCGCAACACAUACCUCUCAGGUCCCGGAAUCCAUCGAAUUGACAGUGUCCAGCGACCACGGCGCCACCACAUUCCGGGAAGCCGCGCGCAUCGACGCCCCGGGCACCCACCGCAAGUUCCUCCUCGUCGACACCCCGGGGCACGGCAAGCUGCGGAACCAGCACGCCAUGACCCACGUCGCCUCCGACACACUCCGCGGCAUAAUCUACAUGCUCGACGCCGCUAGCCUCGAAGAUACGCUCGCGGACGCGGCCGGCUACCUCUACGACGUGCUCCUCGCGCUCCAGAAGCGCACGGGCGCGGGCAAGACGUCGAAGACGCCCAACGCGAUCCACGUCCUGCUCGCCGCGAACAAACUAGACCUGUUCACUGCCCUGCCGGCCUCGCUGGUUAAGAGCAACCUCGAGGCCGAGCUCGGCCGGAUACGGAAAUCCCGUAGCAAGGGACUCCUAGACUCGGGUGUCGGCGAGGACGAGAUUGGUUCCGAGGAACAGGACGGCUGGCUGGGCGCGUAUGGCUCCGAGAAGUUUACGUUCGGUCAGAUGAGAGAGUUUGAUAUCGAGGUUGACAUUGUUGGCGGCAGUGUGCUUGAGGGCAAGGUCGAUAAGUGGUGGGACUGGAUAUCGCAACGGAUCUAGAUGCCCUCUCUAUGAGUUAUGCCGAGCUGUUGAGUUGGUGUGGUAAUGUCUCUGGAUGUGAUGGCUUGCUCACAAUUGGUUCGAUGUGGGGAUAUCACGCAGUUACGUCCGGACACGCUAGACGUUGGAAUACUUAUGUAUAUCCACACAUAUUUAUGAAGGAUGAUCACGUCUAAGAGAAGAGAAGAGUUGUUGUAUAGUGUCGAUCUGCUUGCUACUGCGUAUCGUGGAAUACGUAUUAUAGGCAGAGUCCGAAUUGGCGAGACACGUGUCCGAUACCAACCUGAGCGAAUAACUCAAGUAGUCAAGCUUCCUAAUAAUAUAAUAUAAUUUAAAAUCGGAGCACACACUAAAACACUAGGAUGUUAUUG